GCCACCCCCAUCACUUCAUUGUUGAAAAUGAGGUAGCGUUCUCCAUGGCAACCACAGCCCUCUGAGGCUGUCGCAGCUAAUCCUCAGCAGCUUACUCAACUCUUACUUCUUGUAAGAGGGUUUUACCAGCAGCACCAAUGCCCAAGAAUUCUCCCCAAACAAGCUCUGGAUCCUCUGUUUAUCGCACCGGAGCAGGAAAACAAACCUAGUUACAGCAGCUGGGAGGAGCUGAGGGGAGAACGGUAGACCCGGUUCAUCGGCCCUGAGCCAGUCCUGGUAGCCCGAGGGAGUCGGACAGCCUUGGUAGGAACAUGCACUUCUGGAGCAAUGCGCUCACUUUGCUGCUGCUGCUUCUUUGUCUGCUGUGGAGGGUGCUGGAGGUGAAAGGGCAGGAGCGAGGGUACCUGCAGGAGGCUCUCAGGGCCUUGGAUCUGCCCCUGGGUAAAGACGAUGAGCCACAGCUCCAAAAGAACUACACCGGUGUCCUGAUCACCAAGCUCCUCCAGGCAGUGAACUGUGAAGGGCGGAUUGGCACCUCUCAAGACAUUUGUAACAAGUGCCUGACACCAGACGUAGCUCUCUCUGUGCUAGAGGAUGAUGGGAAAACUUACCUCACUAAGGAAGACUACCAGCGGAUCUCCACAGUUCUGCUGUACUACAUAAUAAACUUACAAGACCUGUGCGUGUCAAAUGCUGCAUCUCCUUCCUCCCUUUCCGCCUCCUCCUCCUCAUUUGGGAAUUAUCAGUACUACCUUUUGGCCCUCACCAAUCUACACCCAGCUGAGGACAACCUCUUCCUAUCGUCCAGAGAAACAGAAAGUAUUCUGCAGCUCAUCAACCAGCACUACCAACCAUCCAAUCAAGACAACUCAUCUGAUUUGCAAUGUAUUGAUGCCACUCACCUCCUUGAAGAUAUUAACGUGCAAGAAAAUCCAGGUGCUAGUGCAUCUUCUGUGCCCAAACUGGCUGCAGCCAUUAUCAGCCACAUCCUGCAGGGCCACUGUUUCAGAUGGAGGAACCUCCCAUCUCCUGCUUUCUUUACCGACUAUAUCUUUCAAUCCUUCAAUCGCACAAGUAACCUGCAAAUAAUAGACUUAGAGGAGCUGCUUCAUCAGCUGGGAGUCGGACAGGAAGGAGUAACACACUCUCGCAACAGGAAGAUGGGGGGCCUCACGGGCAGUUCACAGAAAGGGGCUGGGCGUCCGCUGGAUGGCUGCAAACGUGAAACUGGAGCAAUAAGCAGAGACUGGGCACAGGUAUGUUUUUCAGCCAAUCAGCUGGUGGAUACUUUUGCUCUGAAUCCUCAUUUGCCAAUUUCCAAGGAGCACUUCAGACAAAUUUGUCCAGCCAUCAUUCAACAGUUGCUAGGCAAUGCCUGUGAGUCUGCAGAGCAAAAAACAAGAGGAUCUCUGCCCACUGCUCUCGAGAAGUAUGGCUACAGCACGGCUGCUGUUCUGCUCAUCACGAUGGGCUCCAUGCUCGGCAUCUGCCUGAUCUUCUUCAACUCCUGCCAGGAAACCUACACCCUCAUCCUGCAGCUGUUUGUGGGCCUGGCAGUAGGGACCCUCUCAGGAGAUGCACUCCUGCACCUCAUACCACAGAUCCUUGGCCUCCAUGAUGACACUCACAGUCAUGGUGACGAACACUUAUCAGAAGGAAAGGAGUAUCUGUGGAGGAUUCUGGGCAUGAUUGCAGGGAUCUACGGCUUUUUCCUUAUCGAAAGAAUGUUCUCUUUUUUUGUUCCCUCUCAUGGCCACGUAAGGGGUCAUUCUAGCGACCUUCCCCUAGAGCUCAACUGCAAUGGUCAGUCUCAGAGGGGCAAGUCCAUCUCCACCAUACAGCUGGGACCAGUGGAUGACUUGGAGUGUACAGAACUAUCUCCUGAGCACGCCAACACAAUGAGGCCUUCACAUCAGAGACAAGGGGUUCCUCUACUGGCUGUGAUGGUAAUCGUGGGAGACAGCCUUCAUAACUUUGCCGAUGGCCUGGUUGUCGGGGCGGCCUUCUCCUCUUCAGCCGAGACCGGCAUGGCGACCACCGUGGCCAUCCUGUGCCAUGAGAUCCCGCACGAGAUGGGGGAUUUUGCGGUGUUGCUCAGCUCCGGACUCUCAGUGAAGACUGCCGUUCUAAUGAACUUUCUCAGCGCUCUGACAGCCUUCAUGGGCCUCUACAUCGGACUGUUUGUUUCCUCUGAGAUGGAAGUGCAGCAGUGGAUCUUCGCUGUUACUGCUGGGAUUUUCCUAUAUUUGUCCCUGGUAGAAAUGCUCCCAGAGAUGAGUAGAGUGAAGACUGACAGACCGUAUCUCAUGUUUCUCCUACAAAACCUCGGCCUAUUGAUGGGUUGGGCAUGUCUCCUGCUCCUCGCACUCUUUGAACAUGAACUCAAAUUCUAAACGCAGUGUACGACAUAUCUCUUCACAUGGGGAUGAGUUGAAGAAACAUGUUACUGAGUGCCACCUGGACUUUUUAACAACUCAUAACUGGUCAACGAGCCUCUCUGUGAUCCAAUAUGAGGGCAGUUCCACCCACCUGAGCUACUUGUUCUCUUCAUCCACCAACCUGGAUGACUAAUGUUCGCUGUACAAGACAGAAACUCUGGAGCGAUCCGGCCUACACAGCGCACACACUCUUCACCGGCCAGAGUGGGCCUGCAAAAGGAGAUGGAGGAAGAAGAAAAUAUGAUGAAUGCAUCAGUACAGGAGAUAAAGGAAACACAGCAGCUGCUGCCAGGACGGAGGAAGGAAGGGCUUUUUAUCUGGGCUGUGCUGGUGUGAACACGGAGUAUUCCCACUUGCUCAUCAGAGACCGGUCAGGAGAAGAGUUCAGCUCCAGGGUCAUCGGGGCAGCACAAUACGCAGAAACAACAGGGAAAGCGAAGAGAGAGAGACACACACAAGACAGGAAAUAUAAAAGUGUUUUCCCUUUGAUUUGAAAAGGAUCGGACAGAAAAUAAUCCUUUGCACCUGUUAUUGUU